AUGACCACAGUCCGAGCGACACUUAAGGUUGCCGCAGCUAGACACUGGUCCCUACAUCAGAUGGAUGUCCACAACGCCUUCUUACAUGGCGAUUUAAAUGAAGAAAUCUACAUGAAGUUGCCCCCGGGGUUUCGACCAGAGAAUGGUGAUCGUAAUUUGGACCUUGGUGCCCUGAAAUAUUUCUUGGGCACUGAAGUAGCAAGGAGAGAGGAUGGGAUAUUCUUAAAUCAACGAAAAUAUGCAUUGGACAUUCUAAAGGAAACAGGUCUCUUGGGCAGUACGCCAGAAACGUUUCCCAUGGAACAACAACAUGGUCUUGGUCGAGUCACAAGUCCACUUCUUGAGGAACCAGCACGCUAUCGUCCCUUGCGGCCAACACAAGCACAUUGGGAAGUUGCAUUACAUGUUGUCUGCUACUUAAAUGGAUCUCCAGGUCAAGGGAUUCUUUUAUCCUCUGAUGAUGAUUUGAAGCUAACUGGUUGGUGUGACGCGGAUUGGGCAGGGUGCCCUGUUAAUCGCCGUUCACUAAUAGGGUGGCUUGUCUCCCUCGGAACCUCUCCUUUGUCAUGA